CCCAGGGCCAGGGGCAUGGGCGCCACGCCCACGCUACAUAUCCGGGCCAGCCGAGCUAGGCGCACUCCACUCUCAGUCCACGCUCCGCUCACGCCCAGGCACACGCCGCGCACUCCCUGCACAAUGCCGUGCCUGCGCCUCGCCGCCGCGCUGCUCCUGGUCGUGGCGCUGCCCUUCGCGGCCGCCGCGGGGGCCAAGGCCCCGGCCGCCCCGCCGGCGCCGCCGAACGCCACGGCGGCGAUGGCCAAGGGCGGGUGCAAGGCCUUCGCGGCCCUGAUCGCGGCCUCGCCCGACGCCGCGUCAACCUACGACGCGGCCGCGGGCGGCGGCAUGACGGUGUUCUGCCCCUCCGACGACGCCGUCGCCUCCUUCAUGCCCCGGUACAAGAACCUCACCGUCGAUGGCAAGGCGUCGCUGCUGCUGUUCCACGCCGUGCCGGUCUACUACUCGCCGGGGAGCCUCAAGUCCAACAACGGCGUCAUGAACACCCUCGCCACCGACGGCUCCGCCCGGAACUACAACUUCACGCUGCAGAACGAGGGCAACGUCGUCACCAUCAAGACGGGCGCCUCCGGGGGCGUCGCGCGGGUCAAGUCCACGCUGCUCAACACGGACCCCGUCGCCGUCUACGCCGUCGACAAGGUGUUCGAGCCCGUCGAGCUGUUCAAGCCCGCGCCGUCCCCGACCCCCGCGCCUGCGCCCGCCCCGGCCGCCGACGCGCCCAAGGCGGGCAAGGGCGGCGCCGCGCGCCACCGCUCGCCCCCCGCCGUUGCGGACGCGCCCGGGCCCGACGCCGAGGACGCCACCCCGGCGGACCAGAAGAAGGACUCCAAGAAAAACGCGGCCGCUGACGCGCCGCGCGUCCGGUGGUUCGCCGCGGCGCUGGCGGCCGUGGCCGUGGCCUCCACGCUGGCUUAGGGUAUUUUAUUUUCCUCCCUAGUGUUUGAUCCAUUGGCGUGAGCGAUCGUGGUGUGACGGCGUGUUCGUGUAGUGCUUCUGCCGUAGAAGACAUAGUCGUGUGCUCGAUUUUCCUCUGCUUUCUUCUCUUUAGAUGUUCUUCUCUGUUUGCUACCGCCAUGGUUCUGCUCGUGCUACCACAAGAGUACAACUAGACCACGCAUGAGAUGUUCCAUUGGCAUCGUGAGCUCACCAGCCAUUGAUUUUCUUUUGGUCGAUCUGGGGACCGGUGAGUGAAACCUGGGAGCGAAGUUGCUCCAUGCCAUACGAACGGGCGCAUUUUGCGAAUUCUCGUCAGCAACAUGUUGGUUUUGAGUGAGA